CGGAUAAUAACAAAUUGGUAGCCGGCUUAGCUCAGCCGCAGCGACUACUUGGGGUUCUUUUCUCCGGCGGAGUUCCUCCAAUGUUCUAAUCCUCAUUAUUGUUAGUGUUUACCCCGUCUUCUAACUCCAGGUGUUAGCCGGUUAUUGUCUCGCCUCCACCUCUGCUCUGUUCUGCUUCCCCAACUCCCUUUCUUUUCUUGCUAGACUAAUCAACACACCACGAGCUCCUAUUACUGCAAAUUUCAUCCAUCCCGAAGUCCCCAGUUUCUUCUUCUGGAUUGGGUUUCCCUUCUACUAGGAUGAUUAUUACGACGAUGAAGCGUUACCUUCCCGCAACAAGGCUCAUCAACUGGCAUUUGGGAUUCAGCAGUUUCACUUUCUCUCUGGUCAAUCAUGGUGGCGGUGGCAGCGGGUUCUUCAAUGCCUAUGCGACCUCUUGUGCGAAGCUGCAGGAUGAUCCAGCAAAUGCUAAUGCUAACAACAAUCCAUUUUCUGAUAUGUUGGUUGAUUCAUUUGGAAGGAUGCAUACUUACCUUAGAAUCUCAUUGACAGAACGCUGCAACCUUCGCUGUCAAUACUGUAUGCCAUCUGAAGGUGUGGACCUCACUCCUUCCCCUCAGCUGCUCGCUCCAAACGAGAUUGUUCGUUUGGCCAGUCUAUUUGUGGCUUCCGGGGUCAACAAAAUUCGCUUGACUGGUGGCGAGCCAACCAUUAGGAAAGAUAUUGAGGAGAUAUGCUCUCAAUUGUCCAAUUUGAAAGGCCUCGAGAAGCUUGCAAUGACUACCAAUGGAAUUGUGCUUGCCAAGAAGCUUCCCAAGCUUAAAGAAAGUGGGCUUACUUCCAUCAAUAUCAGUUUGGAUACUUUAGUACCUGCAAAGUUUGAAUUCUUGACCAGGCGUAAAGGGUUUGAGAGGGUUAUGGAGUCAAUUCAUGCAGCUGUGGAGUGUGGCUACAAUCCCGUGAAAGUGAACUGUGUCGUUAUGCGUGGCUUAAAUGAUGAAGAGAUGUGCGAUUUUGUGGAGUUGACCCGGGAUAGACCAAUUAAUGUUCGCUUCAUUGAGUUCAUGCCAUUUGAUGGAAAUGUUUGGAAUGUCAAGAAGCUUGUACCUUAUGCAGAAAUGUUAGAUAGAGUGGUGAAGCAGUUUCCAAGUUUGGAGAGAAUUCAGGAUCACCCUACUGAAACUGCCAAGAACUUCAAGAUAGACGGGCAUGUUGGCACCGUUUCUUUUAUCACCUCAAUGACCGAGCAUUUUUGUGCUGGUUGCAACAGGCUGCGACUUUUAGCUGAUGGAAAUUUCAAAGUCUGCCUUUUUGGCCCUUCAGAGGUUAGCUUAAGGGAUCCCCUUCGCAAUGGCGCUGACGAGAAUGAGCUUAGAGAAAUAAUAGGGGCAGCGGUGAAGAGGAAAAAAGCUUCGCAUGCUGGAAUGUUUGAUCUUGCAAAAACGGCAAAUAGACCUAUGAUACAUAUUGGUGGCUGAGGCUCAAUAGGGGGCAGGUGUAUUCUAUCUUUAGCGGCCAUCUUGAUCACUUGAAGCAAAUAUGUUGAGUAAAGCAAACCCAGUAUAAUGAAGGGGGGAAAUUUUCAGUUGCAGUCAGGCUCUAUGACUGCGAUGGGGGAAUUACUCGUUGUGUAAUUUACGACAUAGGUUUUUUUUCAGCGUCUGUCAUACUGGUAGUUGUUGUUCAGGUUCCUCAAUCAGAUGAUAAUGUUGUAAUCUUUGUUGCAAAGAAGAGAGGAAGGGGGAAAGGGAAGGUGAUGGAUUGAUGGAGGAUGCGUAACUUGCAAGGUACUUCUUGAAGGCAACCUCAUAAUAAUGCUUUUCAAAACAGCUCUGUUUGCCGUUUGUAACUUGUGUAUAUUUUUUAGGGCAACUCAUAAUCUUGUGGGGUUUCCCUCCCAAACAAAUUUCACUCUCAGUAUCAAUAAUCUUUCUUUAGAAAGAUGGGUCCUUGUCUCUCUUUAUCUUAUUAUUAUGAGAUGGCACCAACUAGCCGGCCACCUGAAAAUCCAUACCAGAAGCACAAAGAAGUGAAGAGCAGAAUCACAGAAAUUUCGAAAACAAAACAAACGAAUCGAAUUGAUGUAAUCAUGUAAACUCCUCAAUGGUGUCGCAGAAAUUGUGGAGGGGGAAGAAGCUGGAAGCGGCAGAGAGGGCAGGAGGAGUUGUGGAGGGAAAGCCAGGGGAUGAUGCAAUGGGAAUGGAAGAAAUGAGAGCAGGGGAGUUGCUUGGCCUCCUCACCCUCCACAAACAGCUCCUUGCACACCGCACAUUCCAGAACCGGAUCGAUUCCCAGCGACAGAGGCUCGAUUUCGACGGUAGGGAUCAUCACAUUCGCCAACGACGAUGGCGACGACAUCGACGAGUUUUCCAUUGAAUCCAGUAGUUCCAAGUACUGGACGUCGCAGUUACUGUGGCAGGCGUUGAAGGAGCAGUGGUGACGCACGAGGAAGCGGCGGAACGAGGGGCUGUCGACGAGGAACAGGUUGGCAGUGUCGAUGUCGCCGGAGCCGGAGGCAUGAUUGGCACGAUCAACGAUGAUGUCGUCCAUGAGGUGAAGAGGCUGACGGUGGCAAUGCGGGCAAGAUGGAACAGCGCCGGCGGAGGAGGAGGUGAUCAGGAGACGGAGGCUGACGUCGCAGCCGGCGCACCAGAAUGUCAGAGCUUCUCGCCGGUUUUCUUGUUCUUCAUCAUCGGCGGGGGUUGACAUUGUUUUGAUUCCCUUGGCUUGGAUCUGGUUCUGCUGGUGGUUUGUGUUAACCAAAUUAGAAGGCAUGAGUUGGUGUUAUUUAUUACUUUCUCUUGGAGGGAAAAGGAAGAUGGAGCCUAGUGAAAGGCAAGCAAGGUCUACUGAAAGUUUUAAAACCCACCUCCAUUUUUAGUUUUUUACCCACCGGAACUGGAAUUGACAACCAAAUAGAAAAAGCUCACAAAGUUGACAUUGUAG